GAGUUUGUGACGUGUAGCGGCAGUUUAAGGCCCGACGUUGCGACUCUGAACGGCGCUCCAAAUGCCCAGUUCCGCUGUGGCGCCGGUGCGGUUGGUGGCCGUCACUAUCACCAUGGACGUGAUGUAUCUCCUCAAAAUUGGCUGGGCUGAACUUCCUCAGACGCAGAACAUCCUGUAACACUGCCAAAAUAUUCCAGAGCCGAUGAAAUUUGUUGAAGUAAAGACACCUAGAUAUGCUGGAAAUAUUUAACAUCAUACGGAAGAAACAGACGCAGUUUCAUCAAAACAUACAAUGCAAUUGCGGACAGGAUAAGUAGACAAGGUUGCGCUCUGCCUCUGCGACUCCAAUGCAAUCAGCGUCACUGACGAGCAUCUCGCAAACGGCCUGAAAUUGCCGGGCAGAUUCCAUCGAGGGAUGAAAAUAAUAACUUCGUUGAACAUAAGGCAAUGAUAGCGUAUAAUACAGUUUAUAAAAGUAAAUAAAACAGUUUUACUAAGUGUAACUGAUUACUUCUUGUUUUCCAGGGCUAAACUGUGUACCCUGAAUCGAUGUGAGUGUAUAAACAUUCCUAGUUGUUUUGGAUCAUUCUUCUACAUCGUUUCUUUAUUCAUAAUUUAUCCACUGGACAUUAUAUCAUCAAAAAAUAAAGUAAUUUAUCGCCAAAACGCGCUUCAUCUCCAUUCUAGUGAUUCCAUUUACAUUGCAAAGAUGGCUGACGAUUUCCGUAAGUCUCGCGAGACUUCGCUGAGCCAGCAAAAGAGCUUAGAACAUCUUCAUCAUGGACGUGGGCUCGGUGACCAUGACGAUGAUGUAGGGUUUUCUACGUCCUAUGGUAGUAGGGACGAAGUUUUCGUGAAAAACGAAGAAUGUACGAAAGAUUUAUCAUUAGAGAGAAGCACUGUGAACGUAAGCGAUGAAAUUAAAGGAAACGAGAGCCAAGAAAACUCAGCUUCUGCGAAUUCUUUAGAGAACAAUGAGAUUACUGAGUUACGCAUUGACUCACAAUUAGCAGCCACUAGUGCGUGCAGUAGCACUAGUAACGCUAGCCCUACCGACGUAGGAAGCAAGGUCUGCAGCCCGCCAUCAGCAGCGGCCGGAAUGGGGUGCUCUGCAGGAGGCUCAGGCAGUUGCUAUCAGCGCGACGUGAAGAGAAAAGCACGUCUCUCUCUCUCUGCUGCAAGUCGGCUGCUGAGGCGCACCAUCCCGCAGAGCGGCCACCUCAUGCUGCCACGCAGACUCUGGAUGCAGACAGUACCUACGCAGGGUUGUGAGGUGGUGAUCCAGUUCGGCGCAGGCGCUGAUGACGCCGCCGUGUCAUGGCUGGCAGCGCGACUCAGGGCGCGUCUGCCGGAGCUCGUGCUCACCAUCAAGACCACGUCUACCUCGUCACGGGCUAUCUACCUCUGCGCCUCCGUAGACGGGCUGGUGAAGGGCGCCGAGGAUCUUCGUCUCCUGAAGAAGACCAAAGCAGAGUACGGCAGCGGCAGGCGGGAAGUCACCAGCUCCGACCUAUCUAUUUUCGAG